AUGUCGUUGCCAGAGAUGCGAGAUGCUCUAGCGGGCCUGGUGAUUCCGGAGGGUGUGUGGCCGAAUGCCGACGAGCGGUUCGAGCCUUGGACACUUCUUGCUUUAUCCGUUGCAGAGCUGGAAGCGCAGAUACGACAACGGCGCGGCAGAGUAGACUAUCAUGCUUCACAUGCGCUGAGGGAUGCUUGGGCCGAUGCUCUACUCAGCCGACCCAUCGCGCGUGUUUUCGCAGAGACCCCGAGCCUGCUGACCGACAUGUUUGCUUUUGGACGGCACCUCGAGGAAAGCGGUUUUGUUCGCUGGAUAGAUAGGUUUCGUGAAGUUGCAGAGCAUGUUGUCGCGCUGGUGGAACCGGAGACUGUGCAACGCUGCUUCGCGACGCCACACCCAGAAACUCAGAAACUUCUGUGGGAAAGCGUGCGGAAGAAGAUGCCCCAACGCGGAGCGAGAAAACUUGGCGGUUGGGGGGGAGCCGUCUGCUUCUGUGAGCUUCUGAAAAAGGGCCUUCCUCGAUGGUGCUGGGCUGGCAGCAUCCCGCCUUUCGAUGACAGUCUCCUCCAGUACAUCUUGGAACCCACUUUUGAUUCUUUUGAUGAAUACCAUCCACACCUUAGAGACAAAGAUGCAGACCAGGGUAGACUUUGCAUCGCCGUAGCCGAGCGCCUUACUCUUGAAGAGCUGUGCUACCAAAACUCGGACGGCCGCUCUGCACUCAGCUACGCCAUUGAAUGCUUCCCAAGACACGGGGCCAACCACCCUCCUUCAAUGCAAAUCUGGAAAGAGGUGCGGGAUGUCAUCAAAGAGAACAUGGUGCAGCGGUUUAGAGCCGAGACAGGGCCGCUACAGAACCUGGCCUCCGCCUUGCAGAGGCUGCGUAGAGAAGCACUUUCUUCCCGUUUUGAUGAGUGUGACCUCGACGAUUAUAAAGACGUCAUGGCCUCAUGGGAUGAGCACCUUCGAAGCCUGGCAGCGGAUGGCCAUGCGCCUGCCGACUCUGCAAUUCUGCAAGGGCUUGGAGGAGUCUAG